CCAUGAGAUAUUUAUUUUGGAGGAGGUAACUGUUUGACAUUUGCUCUAUACGGUUUCUGGUUCGGCUUUUGAGAGGUUUUGGUGAUAUUUUGCUUCUGCUUGCUUUGGCUUAUUUGGAGAAUGGCGGAAGAGGGUCAAGUGAUCGGUUGUCACAGUGUCGAGGCUUGGAACGAGCAGCUCCAGAAGGGAAACGAGUCUAAGAAACUGGUUGUGGUUGAUUUUACAGCUUCAUGGUGCGGACCUUGCCGUUUAAUGACCCCAAUCCUGGCAGAGCUAGCUAAGAAGCUUCCCAAUGUCAUUUUCCUGAAGGUGGAUGUGGAUGAAUUGAAGUCUGUUGCCACUGACUGGGAAGUUGAGGCAAUGCCAACCUUCAUAUUCCUGAAAGAAGGUAAGAUAGUUGACAAGAUUGUGGGUGCAAGAAAAGAGGAGCUGCAGCAGAAGAUCACGACCCACAUGGUUCCUGUGUGAAAAAUAUAUAUUUUUCAUGUCCAUGAAGCUUAUAUUACCUCAGUAGAACCUUAUUUGAGUGUCAGCUUGUUAUUAAUCCAGAGGCUUGUUUGGGAUUUCUUAUGAAUAAUAUUAUUAUGGCAUUUAAAUUUAGAUGGCUACUUCAGCAAUUCCAAGGAUGGCAGCUACUAUCAAAUUAAUGGAAUACAUGCAUAGUGAUGAAUUGUUUUUCA